AUGCGGCCCUCGUCCUCAUCUUUGUUCACCGCCUCGGCUCGCUCCCUCGCACGCCGACCCCAAGCCUCGUUCUCUGGCGCCCGCGACCCGCUCGACAUUGCCAACACGGUCGGACCAUCCGCACCCCAGUUCGACUUUCCCCUCACCCGCCCGACCCUCCUCAAGCUCGACAAGCAGCGCCAGAUCCUCCACUACCUCCGCCUCGAGCACCUCCAGUUCCCCGAACUCGUCGCCUUCCGCCAGCCCUUCACCCCUCCCUCGUCCAAAGCCGUCGUCCGCGUGCGCCACCAGCACUACCAGGGCGAGCCCCACCCGGCUUCGCGCAAGGUCACCAUCUCGGCCCCGGUCGCGUCCCUCCCGCUCGACUCGCCCGCCGCGCGCCACAAGUUCAAGCUGCUCGCCGGCCCGAGGUGGACGCCCGCCCUCCCCGGUGCGGCAGCACGGCAGCAGCAGGCGCAGGACGAGGGCGAGGUCAAGCUCGCGUGCGAGAUGUUCCCCUCGGAGCGCAUGAACGAAAAGUGGUGCUCGGACACGCUCGACAAGCUCGUCAACGAGGCCAACUCGGGAGACUCGUUCGCCGACGUCCCGCUCGACCCGCGCCCGGCACGCGCCCGCCUCGUCAAGAGCCGCAAGCUUAAGCGCAACGUCUCGCUGCGCGACUUCCCCAAGGAGUGGCUCCCGGCGGCGGCGGCAGCGGCGAGCAAGUGAGCGCGACGAGGGAGGGACCGGGCGGCAGGGGCACGUAGAUGACGACGCGCAGUAACCAGGGCUUUCAUGUCACAGCG